UCUCACAGUUUUGUUUUGGUCUUGACUGAUCUGAAUGCUUCUUCCCAAAACUGGAAAGUCACUACCGUCAGUACAAUCAUGUGGUUCCCUCAACAGGGUUUACAUUGCAUUUUGCUAUUCUCUGCUUCAGAUAAAACAGCGAAAGACUGUACUUUUAUGCCUCCACUGCAUUGUUUUGAUAACUUACACUAAAGAAACCAGUUGGCCUCGUCUGGUGCCGUUCAGACAGCCAGCUCGGAGGAGUCAGGGCGUCUGAGGGGAGACCAAACGCACCAAAUGCAACGCCAAGACAGCAGCUCGCCUCACAGCUGUCUGCAACGCACAUAAAAUUAGACCCGCAGUCCUUCUGUAGAAUCCAGCAGGCACAGAGACAACUGUGGGCAAUCCAGCAGGAGAUGGACCCAGGGUGUGUUUCCAGUCUUUACUUUGGAAGCUGCACAUCCUGCAGCGAAGCGGUGUACGGGGAAGGGAGAGCCUGCCGGGCGAUGGGACGUUUAUUCCACGACACUUGCUUCACCUGCAGCGUUUGCAGUGAAAAGCUCAGUGGGAAACCGUUCUAUACAGUAUCAGGAAGAAUCUACUGUGAAGAGGAUUUCUUGCACUCAGGAGCUCAUCCAGCCCAAGAAGUGUGUAACAACUGUGGGUAUUUAAUUAAGGACAUGAUUUUGCAGGCUCGGGGGAAGUCCUACCACCCGUCCUGCUUUCGCUGUGUGCUCUGCCGACGGAGUCUGGAGGCGGAGCCCUUCACCGCAGACACAGACAACCGGGUUUACUGUGUCGACGACUACCACAGGGUCCGAGCCCCUCUGUGUGCUGCAUGUAGAGUGCCGAUACUGCCAACUGAAGGUUCUACAGAGUCUAUUCGGGUGGUAUCAUUUGAGAAAAAUUACCAUGCAGAGUGCUAUGCUGGUGAGGUAAACCUCAUUUGAAGACAAAAUCUUAGUUUUUUUCCCCCAGUCACUUUGAAAAAAAAGUAAAACAGUAAAUAGAAGCUACAGUGGUCUGGAAACAAAUUAUUUGGGAAUUCAGUUGAAUUUGCAAGUUUUUAAGUUCAUUCAAAAGAAAAGAUUUAACAUUUAUCAUAGCGAUGUAAUAUCACGUUAAUAGUGCAGAACGUAAGCUGAUUUUGAAGUCAGCAGUCCUUGCCUGUGUUGUGGGACAGGUGAAAAAACAAACGGUAAACUAUAUCAAGAAAUUAAGAAAUGAACAUAUAAACGCGGUAGAAUAAUUUUCAUCUGCGCUGUCUGGUCUGUGACCCUCCAAUCGGCGCCUUGCGGCUGCUCCACCAUUCAGGAUGUAAACACACAUGUUGCGGAUCAGCCGCCUGUUCGAAAUGGAUUCAUUGGUUACGUGGACUUUUGGAGCUUUCUCUUAAUGGUUAAGGAGCAGGGGAAGUGGCUUUUUUCAUAUUACACGGUUCAGCUGUAACACCCCGGGCCUGUUUCCAGAGGCCUUCAUUUUUUAAGGUACUAUAAAGGUCCUUUCUUUUGUCUACUCAACCCCCUUCAUUUUUUGAGGCCUAGACAUACUUUUAUUUACUGUUUUCUUGAAAUGUAAUAAACUACAAAC